GCGGGCGAAGGCGGAAGCGACAACCAGCGCAGUAAACAACAAUCCAACAGUAACGUCUUUUACCGCGGACGAUUAUUUUCUUUAUGAAAAUUGACUUGUAUAUUUUUUUUAAAUACAUCGUGACGUGUUUGUCUGAAAGUACACGUUUUUGAAUUGUUUAAGGAAACCUACGAUCUUUUAUUUAUUUAUUAGCAGUCGUUAAAAUGUCGCUAUUCAGCGUGCAGGCGAGAAAGCACACAGUUUACUACGACCAUCUAAUGUCAACAACCAGGACCCAAGGCAGUGAGUGUUCAGCUGAGAGAAAGGCAGUCAAAACUCUCGCCAAGGAUGAGGCACCACCCGGAGACCCUACGUGUUCGGACAGCGAUAAAAGCAGCGCCAUAAACCGGACGUAUGUCAUCUCUGCGCUGUCAAAAAGCGAACAGACACCCCAUCGCGGUCGGCUCACUCUCCAAAGGAGGUCACGGCGAAAGACCGGAGCUGAUAGUGCGGAGGACACGGCGGUGGAGCUAAGCCAAAAUAACGUAACAACAACUCUAGAGAAGAGAAUGACCUUGCAACGGAGGCCCAAGACGCCCUCCACGGGUAAAAGUGCUACGAUACCGCGUGUGGUCAGUUCACACGCAACGCCUAAAAUCCUUCAAGAAUCCAACGGGAGAACUCCCACUUUAUACCGCUCCAUUAGCUUGAGAGAGUCUGCCAGGAAAGGACGAGAAGGGAAGCUGGCGCACAGCAAGACUCCAUCCUCCUCGUCCCGGUCACCAGUCUCCACAGGUAGGCCGUCCGAUGAGCAAUCCCAGACGUUCAAAACCCCCACUAAAAAGACACCAUUUGUCAAAAUCGCCGCACGGAGAGAUGUCUUCGAGAAACUGAGUGUGAAGGAAAUCCCCAAGCCAGUACUGAGCAAAGCAGUAAAUUCAGACAGGUCCAAAAGUAGAGUAAGCAAGCAAGCAGAGGACAGCAAAUCAAUCCCAGUUCCUCGAACAAGUAAGACUGGUGUGCUUAAAGCAACCACGGCAUCACAGAUGAGGGCUACUACUGCGAUCUCAUGCUCAAAGCCAGAAAACACCAGGAUGCCAACAACCACGUCUGCUGCAGCACCUAAACAGUCCUUGCCACGUCCCAGCGAGGCCUCCAAGACACAAGACUCACUAAAGAUGGAGAACAGUGCAGUGGCUGUUGCAGUGCGUGUUCGUCCUUUUAAUGCCAGGGAGAAGGCCGAAAAGGCCUCACAGGUGAUUUUCAUGAGUGGCCAGGAGACAGUUGUGCAACAUCCCGACUCAAAACAGAGUUAUUCCUUCACCUUUGACUUCUCCUUGUGCUCUGUGGAUCCGAGUGAUGCCUCCUUCGCCAACCAGCAGAUGGUGUACGAUACUUUGGCAAAACCGCUGCUGCUGCGGGCUUUUGAUGGAUUUAACACCUGCCUUUUUGCGUAUGGACAAACUGGCUCUGGAAAAUCAUAUACCAUGAUGGGCUUUGGAGAGGAGGCUGGAGUCAUUCCUCGGUUCUGCCGGGAACUUUUUUUGAGGCUUUCCGCCAUGGAAAAUGAACAGGUCAAAUGUCACGUGGAGAUGAGCUUCUUUGAAGUCUACAAUGAGAAGAUCCAUGACCUCCUCGUCACCAGAGAUGAUCCAAACCAGAGGAGGAUGCCCCUGAGGGUGAGGGAGCACCCAAUCCAUGGACCUUAUGUUGAAGAGCUAUCUGCAAAUGUUGUGGAGUCUUACAAUGACAUUCAGGGAUGGUUUGAACUAGGAAACAAGCAGAGAGCAACUGCCGCCACUGGGAUGAAUGAUAAAAGCUCCAGAUCUCACUCUGUCUUUACCCUUGUGAUGACUCAGACUAAGACUGAGUUGGUGGAGGGAGAAGAACAUGACCACAACAUCACCAGUAGAAUCAACCUGGUGGACUUGGCAGGCAGUGAACGGUCUAACGUCGCACAGACAAGUGGAGAUCGACUCAGGGAGGGUGCUAGCAUAAACAAAUCUUUGCUGACACUUGGAAAAGUCAUCUCCGCACUGGCUGAUCAAGCGUUAACAAAGAAGAAAGUUUUUAUACCCUACAGGGAGUCUGUCCUCACAUGGCUGCUAAAGGAGAGUCUGGGCGGUAACUCUAAGACGGCCAUGAUAGCCACGCUGAGUCCAGCCGGAAGCAACGUGGAGGAAAGCUUAAGCACGCUGCGCUACGCCCAACAGGCCCGCACAAUCAUAAAUGUGGCCAAGGUCAACGAGGACACGAAUGCAAAGCUCAUCCGAGAGUUGAAGGCGGAAGUGGAGAAGCUGCGAGCCGCGCAAGCGAGCAUCCGUGGUAUUGAACCAGAGCGGGUCAGGCUCUUCCAGCAGGAGAUCAGUUGUCUGAAGAACAAACUCUGCCAGCAAGAGCAAGAGAUGGUAGAGGCCAACAGGAAAUGGCGAGAGAAACUCGAGCAAGCUGAAAUUCGCAAACGUGAAGAAACCAAAGAGUUACAGAAAUCAGGCGUGACAUUCAAAGUGGAUAACCGUCUCCCCAAUCUGGUUAACCUGAAUGAAGACCCUCAGCUGUCUGAGAUGCUUCUCUACAUGAUUAAAGAGGGUCGAACGACAGUUGGCAAACUCAAGUUUGACUGCACACAUGACAUUCAGCUGACUGGCGCCCUCAUUGCCGACCAGCACUGCAUUAUAACAAACGCCCAUGGUACCAUCAGCAUCACACCGAUGGAAAAUGCCAAGACCUUUGUGAAUGGAAACUUAAUAUCAGAAUCAACUAUUUUGCACCACGGAGACAGGGUGAUUCUGGGUGGAGACCAUUACUUGCGUUUCAACCAUCCCGCAGAGGUGCAGAGUGGAAAGCGCGCAUCAUGUUGGACUGGUGCAGGCGACGGCCAUAAAGAUUUUGAGUUUGCCAAAAAUGAAUUGCUUGCAGCUCAAAGAGCAAAGCUGGAGGCAGAAAUUGAAGAGGCCCAGGUGAAGGCCAAAGAGGAAAUGAUGCAGGGUAUCCAGAUGGCCAAAGAGGUUGCCCAAAAAGAGCUUUCUGAUCAGAAAGCCCUUUAUGAGAACAAGAUCCAAGCAAUGGAAAAACUGCUGAACGAGGAAAAUGAGCGUAAGCGUCUCCAGGAGCUCAACCAGCAAAGGGUAGCCAGCCAGAUGGAAGAACUGAAGAUGGCAAAUAAGGAGUUGGAGCAAGAGGUGGACUCCCAGAAGGAACGCCUCCGUCUACACAUGGAGGCCCAGGUGAUGGAGGAACACCAUGUGUGUCAAGCAAAGAUUGUUGAGGCAUUGGAAGUUGAGAAGCGAAAGCUCAGCAAAGAGCUUGAAGAAAUCCAGCGGAAACGGGCAAUGAGGUUAAUCCACACUCCAAGAGAUGUGUCUCCACGUUGGGAUGCUAUGAAACUCUCCUUGAUGAUUGAAGAAGCCAAUAAGAUCAGUGCUAACUUGAACAAAAACACCAUCUUCAGCAGACACGAGAGCUCUGACAAUGGCCACCCAGGCCAAGGGGAUGUUGUUCAAGUCCGGGUCCAAAACACAAAGCUGGGGAUCUCUACUUUCUGGAGCCUGGACAAGUUUCAAAACAACUUGGCUGUUAUGAGAGAAAUGGAACAGGGUGAUCCGGCUUCUAAAGAGGAUGACGUGUUCUAUGCCCCUGAUGAUGAGUGGGAGCAAGAUAUAUCAUCUUCCUCUGCCUCAUCUUCCACCUUUUCACGUCGCAGGAGCAGGAGUUUAUUAAAGAGCAAGAGACUCUCAGGGCGUCUUUAUGAGAUCCGUGUUCAUCCCAUUCAGAGCCUUCUUAAGGGCUCCUCCCACUCUGAUGGGUUAAUGGGUGUUGCCACACCACCCUCUACACAUUCCAGCAGCACUGAAUCUUCAUUGCCUGCUAUCUGCAAGGAGCUGGUGAGCCAAUCAAUUGCCCGCUUACGCAGCUUUGGAGGAGCUGAAGAAAGCUUGGCCGAUAGAUUGGCGUCAGAUUUGCACUGGGUAUACACAGCUAUCCAGACCAUAUCUGAUCUGUACGACAGCUUAGAUGAUGACAGCCAAGAGAAUGUGUUUGUGGGUAACGUGUCGGCUCUGACUCAACUGAUCAAGGCAGCCGCAGCUACCGAGAGUGCAGUGUUUGUCAUCAGACAGUGGUUGGCUGGUGUGAAAGCCUCCUCUGGCCUACUCUAUACACUCGCUGAAGAACUCAAGAGCCAAGUCAAGAAGAUGGGAGGAUAUCUGCAGCUGCUCAUUCAAGGUUGCGAAUCCGAGAUCACGUCAAUGGUGGGCGAAGCACGAAGGAAGAGUGGUCAGUGCCUGCGUGCAGCAUUGCUCACACUUAGCCACCUGGCGGUGUUGUCAGGCAUGCCACUUAGUGUUAUGGAGUUGGGUUUCCAGGCCACAGGCAAGGUAUCAUUUGUAGCAUAUCUGAUGAAAGGAACAAAUAAAGGUGUACACUCCGUCUUGGAAGAAAGUCUCAUCUCCACCAAGGAAAUACAGAGAGCGGCUCAGUUCGCUCAUCCAAAGAACCCAGUGCUGCAGGGCCUCAAGUCCAAGGCGCUUGAUUUAGCCCGCUGCAUGCAGAAGUACAUCCAUUGUUGCAUCAUGCAGCGGCGUGAAAAUUACCCACAAGACGUUGAGGAAAGCGAGGACAAUGCUUCAGCUUCCAAAUUGCAGACUUUGAGGGCUACAGCGGCCACAUUGUUCAAUUUGGACCAAGCCAUCAAGCAGCUGCACUCCUCUUUGUCCAACACCCUGAGAGGUAAAGAUAGACACUCUGAGUUGAGCAGCUGUAGAGAGCUCAUCUCUUCCACUGCCAAGACGGUUGAUGAGAUUAUCAGUGGUCUCUCCAAGGAAGCGGUUGGGCUUUCUCUACAUCCCCCCUCUGGCCAAACUCUGAUGGCUGCACAAGAUGAGCUGCACUGUGCCCUGCAGUCUCUGACUUUGCCCUGGGAUCAGCCGGAAGCUGUUCAGAGCAAGAACGCCGUCACGUCAGGAGAAAGCAAAGAUGAUCAGACUGAAUGCGGUACAGCUCCUCACAACAGAAGUCGAGGCAUUAAUAAUCUUGUAUAUUCCCUCCCUGCGGGUGUUACGUCCAGUGGUAGCCCACGUUGGGUGUAACACCCAUGUUGUGAGAAUGGAAAUGAAACAUUAAUACAUUAUAGGAGCUUUAUUAUUAUUUUUAUCUUAACAUAAUAGUCUUGGCAACAGAGACAGCUGCCACUGCUUGUGUUGCUCCAUCCAAGUCAACACAAAAUAUAUUUGCACUCAGUUUUUAAUUUUUUAUAAAUAUAUUUCAAAAUGUUUUUCUUCCCUACGGAACAUGCAUGUUGUUUGUAAGACUUUGGAUAUAAUAUAAAAAUAUCUACUGAUAUGUUGCUAUUUUGUGCGAGCAAUAAAACGUAUUAAAAUGA